UCGCAGCUGUCAGUUGAAUGGUAAGCAGAUGACAGGCUUAUUUGUAGUGUCUGAGGCAUUGAUAAAAACACAACCCAUUCCUUCCCACACACUGCAGCCUCUCAAUGCUCUCACUUUAAUGAGGCCAAUUUAGAAGAAUUGAGAAACUCAAGACUGAAGUAUUUUUUUUCUCUCAUUUUCUUACCUCCACAUUGCAGAUAGCAGCAGUGUGAAGAAGGAACUGCUCAUCCCUCUGAACUGUGCACAGUUGUUUUCAAGGGAUUUGUUGAAGUCAGUGGGACAGAUGCUUCAGGUGUGACUGGGUCAUGGAUGUAACGGUCUCGGGGCAAGUCGGACACGUUGAUGGAAGGCCGGCCGUGAAGGGAUGUCUUUGUGAGGUGCUCCUGCUCUGCCCAGGUGAAUUCAUUGCUGCCUCAGCAUGCGUCUCUUCCUAGAUCCCAGCCCAGGAGUUUCACCACAAUGUGGAAAUGGAUGCUGACUGGCGGCGUCUCCCCCUUUCCUCGCCUCGCCUGCUUCCUCGUGCUGUCCCUGGCCUGCUUGGUGUCCGCCAGCUGCCGCGGAGAGCCGGACGAUGCGUUAACGCUGGAUGCUACAAAUUGCUCCUCAAGCCUGGAGCGCCACACGCGCAGCUACAACCACUUGCAGGGUGAUGUGCGGUGGCGUAGACUCUACUCUGCCACCAAGUACUUCCUCAAGAUCGACAGAACUGGGAAGGUAAAUGGGACCAGAAAGAAGAACUGUCUGAACAGCAUAAUGGAGAUCAGGUCAGUUAAUGUUGGAGUAGUCGCAAUCAAAGCGGUCAACACUGGCUUUUAUUUGGCCAUGAACAAGAAGGGAAAACUAUACGGCACGGAAGAGUACAACAACAAUUGUCAGUUUAAGGAGAGGAUAGAAGAAAAUGGUUACAAUACCUACGCCUCGCUGAAGCGGAAGCACAAAGGGCGACAAAUGUUCAUCUCAUUGAACGGGAAAGGAUCUCCUCGCCGUGGGCACAAAACAAGGAGAAAACAUCUCUCAGCACACUUUCUACCCAUGAUGGUUCCCUAAAGGUCAGCUCGCGCCCACUCGUCCUGAAACUUAUACCAUUUACAAGUCUUGCCACUUGACGCUUCAAAAGAAAGAAAUGCACAUUUUUUUCUUUCUCCCUGGACCUUAUAUACUGAGCUUUUUCUUUUGCUGCAUAAACGCUUGCAGAGGCAACAGAGCAUAGACUGUUGUAAAUAUAGGUUUUAUUGGGACCAUUUACAGAGCCUCUUCAUCAGUAUAACUUUAGGACUAAUGUAGAGGUAAAGAAAGGCCCUUCAGUCACAAUAGACAAAAGACGUGAAUCAGUAGGAUUUAAUGGUCUUUUUAAAAAAGCCUGAAAGAAGCUGAUUUUUUUGACUUAGAGUGUGGACAAUGGACAAACAGUGCUAUACUUGUAUGUGGGGGGCGAAGGGGGAGGGAGGGGGGAGGUAACAGGGGAUGGUUGAGCUAUUGAGCACCUAUACCAAAGUUCUAAAUUUGUUGCAAUGCACAGAAGACUAUGCUCUAGUCAAAGAAGACAGCGUUUGUAAUUUGCACCAGCUUUAGCGAGACAAUGUACUUGUAAACCAUUAAAAUCUAACUUCCACGAGUUCCUGGACUGCAUACCAACUGCACUCCCACCAUGGAAGAUCCGCACUCGACCACUGUGAGCUCCGAAGACUGGCGACUCUUCUGUUACGCACAGACAUCAGGGUGACACAGCCCGGCAAGGCGACCGUUAGAUAGGCUGGUGAUUUUGUAGGAAAGGGUCAUAUUUAUACAACUGUAAAUCGUGAUGUUACUCCUAGAUUAAUGCAAUCAUGGGAACAUUCCUGAUGGUGGUUUCGCUAAAUGGCCAACAUCACUUCAGAACAGGGGAAGCUGCCUUUCAUGUACCGUAACAAUUCAAUAAAGCUCUUUCUUUCCUAGAAAGCACAUGCGAAGAGAUAUUGUUUUCUGAUGGAUUUCUAAAGGUUUACAAUGUGUUUAUUAGAGUGUUGCAACUCUUUUAUAACAUAGUGAAUAAAGUGGUAUCUUAUUAAUUUUAUCCUUGUAGUUCAUGAUGUUAAAUGAACCUUUUGAUUGUGUUAUGAUCAUAUUUGAGCAAAGGAAUGUGGCAUAAAAGUAUCACUGACAUUGAUAGGGGGAGUGGCAAUUAUUGAAGGCAAAUCCUGUUUUACUUCUUGUACGCAUAAAUUUCAAUUGCAUUCCUUCUCACCACUGCAAUUUAGCUUAUUUUUAGUUUUAGUUUUAGAGACGCAUCACGGAAACAGGUUCUACUGAGUCCACGUUGACCAACAAUCACCCAUGUUUGCUAGCUGAAUGUUAUCCUUCUUUUUCAUCAAUUUCCUACACAUUAGGGGCAAUUUUACAGAGGCUAAUUAACUUAUAAAACCCCAUGUUUUUGAGAUGAUGGAGGAAACUGGAGGAAACCAACGAGGUCACAGUGAGAAUGUGCAAACUCCACACAGACAGCACCUGAGGUCAGGAUAAAACCUGGGUCUCUGGCAUUGUGAGGCAGCAGCUUUAUCAGCUGCACCACUGUGCCACCAUAGAGUCAAGUGUGUUUUAUUGUCAUAUGUCCUGAAAUGGAACACUGAAAUUCUUACUUGCAGCAGCAGCAGCAGCAGCAGCAGCAGGUUUGUAAGCACAGUACUCAAUAGGAAACAAACAAAAUAA